GUUUAAAGGCACGCCGCACGACCAUUACACUUGCCUUUCCUGUAUGUAUCUAUCUACUUUCGGAACCCUCUCGCUCUCUCGCUCUCUCUCUCUCUCUCUCAAGCCAUGAACCCUUCUCCGUCCCCGUCAGUCGUAAACCCGCAAUUCUCCUCCCCAAUUACCCCCAAAAUAUGCUCCUAAAACACCUAUCUCGUCCUUCAAUGGCGACUAACUAGAUAGAUAUGGACCGAUGCAAUCUCAUUAUUCCCCUCUCUCUAUCCUCUCUCUGCGCCUGCCAUACACACCGUCCUUCGUCCUCCUCCUCGCCCAAAACCCUAGUUCUAACCCAACCCGCUUCGUUUAAUUUGGGUCUUAAGUUGUCCAGAGGUGUUCUCCGGGGCAUUUCCGUGAACCAACAUCGCGCGGAACCGGACCUGCUCGACCAGGGGGUAACCGGAGAGGAAGUUGACAAGGUCGCUAAUUUCCAAGUGAAGGGAGAUUCAGCUUCAGAGCGCCAACAAAAGACAGGUCAGUUGAAGAAGAGAAUUUUUUUUGGGCUUGGCAUUGGAAUUUCUUGUGGAGGUGUGGUGUUGGUGGGAGGAUGGGUGUUCACGUUCGCUAUUGCUGCUGCGGUUUUUGUUGGUGCACGGGAGUACUUUGAGCUAGUUAGGAGUCAUGGAAUUGCUGAAGGAAUGACACCUCCUCCUCGAUAUUUAUCACGAGCUUGCUCCGUUAUCUGUGCGCUCAUGCCCAUACUUACACUGUAUUUUGGCCAAAUUGAUGUUUCCGUGACAUCCGCGGCUUUUGUUGUUGCCAUGGCAUUGCUUUUGCAGAGGGGCAAUCCGCGUUUUGCUCAGCUCAGUAGUACCAUGUUCGGGCUAUUUUACUGUGGAUAUCUUCCUUGCUUUUGGGUUAAACUUCGUUGUGGUUUAGCAGUCCCAGCCUUAAAUACGAGAGUGGGAAGAGUAUGGCCUUUGCUUCUUGGUGGUCAAACUCAGUGGACUGUGGGUCUUGUUGCAACGUUGAUUUCUAUUAGCAGCAUAAUUGCAGCUGAUACUUAUGCUUUUGUUGGUGGCAAGGCAUUUGGUCGGACACCACUUACUGCUAUUAGUCCCAAGAAGACAUGGGAGGGAGUUGCUGCGGGCUUAGGUGGUUGUAUAGCCACUUCUGUUCUGUUAUCGAGGAUUUUCAGUUGGCCACCAUCUUAUCUAAGUGCAAUAGCUUUUGGGAUUCUGAUCUUCUUUGGUUCUCUUUUUGGCGAUCUUACCGAGUCAAUGAUCAAGCGUGAUGCGGGUGUUAAGGACUCAGGGUCUCUUAUACCUGGACAUGGUGGAAUUCUGGACAGGACAGACAGCUAUAUAUUUACGGGUGCACUUGCAUACUCCUUCGUCAAAACCUUCCUUCCACUUUAUGGAGUUUGAUAUUAGAUAGCCCUGAACGGUCCAAAGUGAAAGGUUCAUGUUUCCGGCCAAUUGACUCUGCAAAACUAGGAGCAGACACAGGAAUGCAAUCAAUAACUCGGACCAGAGGAUGGUGGAGAGAAAAUCGAUGGUUUGUCCAGAAACUUGGACAAGUCAAGUGGGGCUCCAUUUGCAUGUCCACAUGAGUUUAGGUAAUUCACACCUGCUUCAUAGCUGGAGAAAUUAUAAAAUUUAUGUUCUUUUUUUCUGGAAUUACGCGAGAUCAAUAGCAUUCUGGGGUAUGCCAAUAAUCUUUGCAGUUAUGCAUUCACAUACAUGGAUGUUUUGAAACAAGAGAAACUAUUGGCUGGCUAUAUUGUAGGUUUCCUUGCUAGGUCAACGUCUGUUUGACAAUGUAAGAUUCGUGAAUACGUAAUAAGUUCCGAAACAUGAAUACCAAUUUACGGAAAUUACAAGCAA